CUGCUGCGCGGACUGCGGGAUCAGAGACCCUCUUUACCUGUAAAAAGAAAAAAAAUGGCAACCGUGAAAGACAAACUCAUCCACAAUGUGGUGGCCGAAGCAUCCACUUCCCACAACAAGAUCACCAUUGUUGGCGUUGGCGCGGUCGGCAUGGCAUGCGCCAUCAGCAUCCUGCAGAAAGACUUGGCAGAUGAGCUGGCGUUGGUCGAUGUGAUCGAAGACAAGCUGAAAGGCGAGAUGAUGGAUCUCCAACACGGAAGUCUCUUUCUCCGUACUCCAAAGAUCGUCUCCGGGAAGGAUUACAGCGUGACGGCCAACUCCAAGCUGGUCGUCAUCACCGCCGGGGCCCGGCAACAAGAAGGAGAGAGCCGCCUGAACCUGGUGCAACGCAACGUCAACAUCUUCAAAUUCAUCAUUCCCAACAUCGUCAAAUACAGUCCCAACAGCACGCUGCUCGUGGUCUCCAAUCCGGUGGACAUUUUGACCUACGUGGCCUGGAAAAUCAGCGGCUUCCCCAAACACAGGGUCAUCGGCAGCGGCUGCAAUCUGGAUUCCGCUCGUUUCCGCCACCUCAUGGGGGAGAAGUUUGGCAUCCACCCCCUGAGCUGCCACGGCUGGGUCAUCGGUGAACACGGAGACUCGAGCGUUCCCGUCUGGAGCGGCGUUAACGUCGCCGGAGUUUCCCUAAAGACGCUAAACCCCGAGAUGGGGACGGAUGCCGACAAAGAGAACUGGAAGGAGGUUCACAAGCAGGUGGUGGACAGCGCCUAUGAGGUCAUCAAGCUGAAGGGAUACACGUCCUGGGCGAUCGGCCUCUCCGUGGCGGACCUGGCGGAGAGCAUCCUGAAAAACCUCCGACGCGUUCAUCCCAUUUCAACAAUGGUCAAGGGAAUGUACGGGGUUAAAGAAGAUGUCUUCCUCAGCGUCCCAUGUGUUCUGGGCAACUUGGGCAUCACAGACGUGGUGAACAUGACCCUUAAGCCCGACGAAGAGGAUCGUCUCCGGAAGAGCGCCGACACUCUGUGGGGAAUCCAGAAGGAGCUGCAGUUCUGAGCUCUGCCCGUCAUCAUCGUCGUCGUCUUCUUCUGUUCACGUCAAGCGUCUUAUGCGUUUUGUUUUUUACGUUGCACUGUUAAGUAGGUCAAGCCCUUCGUAUUGUGUGUUUGUGAAACAUUUUUCGACUCUUAUCACCAGACAGACACUUCCACGAGUAGCUCAGGAAUACAAAAGCAUCGAUGGCCGCCCUGGCUGAGAAAGGGUCAGCUUACUAACAAAAAAAAUCAAUCAGUCUAAAAAGUAUCAUCAUCGCAGCCUUAAAAGAACAAAAAUAACGACCCGCUUUAUUACCGCGUGGGGCGGGAAUAGUUAAAAAGGAGGCAUUGUAACUUAUAACGCACUGAUACAUUCUAACGGGAGUGAACUGGUUAAUUUAAUGCAAGGUUGUUUACAAUGGUAAUGCGUUUAACCCUUUCUUGGUGCCAUGGUUGUGAACGCACCCCCCCCCCCCGGAUGGUAUAUGAGCACUUCCACGGCACAUCGCCGACGUAUAAAAGCUGCGACGUAUCUCUCGUCUCUUUUCUCUCUUUGCGGUCCGACCGCGGGAUGAAUAUGGUUUACGAUUAAAGCCUGAAUGUUUAAAUCAG